AUGACCAUGGAAACAGAGUCUCUCCAUCACCAAUUUUCAUCUCCAAGCUUCAGCAGUUACUCUUCCGACACUAUGGCUCAAACAGCAACCAGAGUCAUCCACACCGACGACACCUCUUCCCAACAAAACGACAAUAACACUCUUAAACUAAACGACACUGUCAAAGAUGAUUUCGAAUUCGACUUCACUUUCCUCUCCACCGACUCAGUUUCCGCCGAUGACAUUUUCCAUAAUGGUCAGAUCGCACCCACUUAUCCACUCUUCGACCAAUCUUUGCUCAACGGCGUCGUUUCACGUUCUCAUGUUCUCCCCGAAACGGCACUUCGCCGUCGUCGUUUACCCCUGAAGAAACUCAUGGAAGAAGACGGCGAAGGAAAAGAGCUUGACGGUGUGGCAGCGGGUACGUACUGCGUGUGGACCCCACCUUGCAAAAAGAGCAGCUCUGCAGGGUCGAAUUCCAAACGUUGGAAGUUCCGGGACUUUCUACUCAGGAGCCAUAGCGAUGGGAAGAAGGACUCACUUUUGUUUUUUACUUCCGGUAGAAAGCACAACUCCGCCGUUCAUGAUGUCGCCGGCGCGGCCAAGGACGGGUUUCGAUCGAAGAGGAAGUUAGGAAUUAGUUGGAUUAUUCAGUAG